AUGACGACGAAAAAGUGCACCUCCCCGGCGGGAGGAGGGGAGCUAGAAGAGGAAAGAGAGAAGAGCAACCAACAGAUAGUCAUUUCGGCACAGACGGCGGGCAGCCUGGCGGGGAUCAAGACGGAGGUGGUGGAGACGAUCCGGAAGGUGGUGGCGGUGGUGUCGAAGUAUGCCGGCGUGGGCUUGCCCGAGCCGGCCAAGCAGUUCGUCCGGUUCGUCCGGACCAGCAUCCUCGGCCUGCCUCUCCGUUGGGCAGAGGCUAUCCAGCCCUCUACCCCUACUGCUGCCUCUACAUCCAUUCCCUCUGGCUACCCGGCUGGCCCCGUCGACAGGAUCUCGAACCCCAAGACCGCAACCCUCCUCGCGGCUGGAAGGGUGCUCACCUUUGCCGUCGAAAGCCUCGACAUGCUCAAGUCUAUUACCGCUAUCUUCUCCGAAAGCGUCGAGCGGGCUGAUGCUUGGGUUGAGCGACUACGAUUGAUUGGGAUCCAGCAUCGACACGGGCAGGCAAAGAACAAGCGAGACGGACGGGUUGUAUUGCAGGGGGAGCUUGGCCUCGAGGGACGGGAGGGCUCGAUGAUUGGGAUAGCAGGAGGAGGCGGAGGCGGGAUGGGACGGGUGUCGAGGAUGGAACGAGACCGGUUGAGGGACGACCCAAGGCGGGCUGGUCCGGAGCCGGUGUUCGUCGACCUCGACGAUGGACGAGAGCGCGCGGAGCUUGAGUUCGAGCAUGAUGAGCGGAUGGGAACGCUCCACCGUCGGCUCGGCCAACACCUCUUCGUCGACCACUCUGGCCGGUGGCACAGCCGGAUCCUCCUCUUGUUGCGCUCUCCCCUUCUCCGUGAACGGAGUCAUCAAGACCCCGGCCUCAAACUAACCGAUUUCGGCUUCUGUGCCCAGAUCAACGAGGGCAAUGCUAAGCGGACCACCAUGGUCGGCACACCCUACUGGAUGGCCCCGGAGGUAGUCACGCGCAAGGAGUAUGGACCGAAGGUGGACAUCUGGUCCUUAGGGAUCAUGUGUAUCGAGAUGGUCGAGGGCGAACCGCCAUGUAAGGUUCUCUCUCUUUUCCACCAAUGGGACACCCAAGCUCGAUGA